CGGCCCCGCCCCCGCGGCGUCUCUGCGGCGCCGGAAGCGGCGCGGCCCUGCUGGCGCUGAGGGCUCGCCCGCCGGUGGCGGCAAAGCCGGGCCUGGCCCGGCCCAGCCCAACCUGGCCCGGAGCUCCGAUGGACACAGAAGUGGAGUGGAGUGCAUCCUGACCCCUGCCCCACACGGCUGCCUCUGUGCCAGCCCCCAUGACUAUGGGCGAGUGGAAACCCAACCCCACCAUCAAGCCCCACAAGAAGCGGAGCUGGUACCUUGCCUGGAAGUACAAGCUGAUGAACCAGCGUGCACUGCGGAAGCUGUGCCAGACAGGUGCUGUCCUCUUCCUGCUUGUGACUGUAAUUGUGAACAUCAAGCUGAUCUUGGACACCAGGAAAGCUGCUUAUGAGGAGGAGGAGGAGUCUGCACAGGACUAUGAUGAUGAGAUGCUGAAUGUAGAAGUCCCUAGGCGCCCUGUCAGCAACAAGAAGGUCUUGGAUGUUGAGGUGUACUCCAGCCGGUCGAAGGUCUAUGUGGCUGUGGAUGGGACGACAGUCCUGGAAGAUGAGGCUCGGGAGCAGGGAAGAGGGAUCCAUGUCAUUGUCUUAAAUCAGGCUACGGGUCAUGUGAUGGCCAAGAGGGUCUUUGACACCUAUUCUCCCCAUGAAGAUGAAGCCAUGGUACUCUUCCUCAAUAUGGUUGCCCGGGGCCGGAUCCUGAUCUUCACCAUUAAGGAUGAAGGCUCCUUUCACCUCAAGGACACAGCCAAGAAUGUCCUGAAAAGCCUGGGGAGCCAAGUUGCACCAUUCCUGAGUUGGAGAGACAUGUGGACAUUUGUGGGGAAGAAGGGAGGAGAAGUAUACGGGGAGAAGCACGCCAAGUCACCUGCCCUCUCGACAUGGGGUGACCCUGUACUGCUGAAGACAGAAGUUCAUCUGACCUCUGUGGAAGAUGCUGAGUGCCAUUGGCCCGACACAGAGCUGAACCGCCGCCGGAAGAGGUUCUGCAGCAAAGUAGAAGGUUACGGCAGUGUCUGCAGCUGCAAAGACCCCACGCCCAUUGAGUUCAACCCUGAUCCUCUCAAGGACAAUAAAGUCUUUAGUGUGCCUGUAGCUGUAAUUGCAGGGAACCGCCCCAACUACCUGUAUAGGAUGCUGCGCUCCUUGCUGUCAGCUCAGGGUGUCAAUCCACAGAUGAUCACAGUCUUCAUCGAUGGGUACUAUGAGGAGCCAAUGGAUGUAGUGGAGCUGUUUGGCCUCUCAGGAAUCCAGCACACUCCCAUCAGCAUUAAAAAUGCCAGAGUUUCCCAGCACUACAAAGCCAGUCUGACUGCAACCUUCAACCUGUUCCCGGAUGCUAAAUUUGCUGUGGUUCUGGAGGAAGACCUUGACAUUUCUGUUGACUUCUUCAGCUUUCUGAGCCAGUCAAUACACCUUUUGGAGGAGGACGAGAGCCUGUACUGCAUCUCAGCUUGGAAUGACCAGGGCUAUGAGCACACAGCUGAGGACCCCUCGCUCCUGUACCGUGUGGAGACCAUGCCAGGCCUGGGAUGGGUGCUCCGGAAGAGCCUCUACAAGGACGAGCUGGAGCCAAAGUGGCCAACCCCUGAGAAACUCUGGGACUGGGACAUGUGGAUGCGGAUGCCCGAGCAGCGGAAGGGCCGGGAGUGCAUCAUCCCUGACAUCUCGCGCUCCUACCACUUUGGCAUCGUGGGGCUGAAUAUGAAUGGCUACUUUCACGAAGCCUAUUUCAAGAAGCACAAGUUCAACACGGUUCCUAAUGUCCAGCUUAAAAAUGUGGAGAGCUUGAGGAAGGAUGCCUACGAGACUGAAAUUCAUCGGCUGCUGGGUGAGGCUGAGGUCCUGGACCACAGCAAGAACCCCUGUGAGGACUCCUUUGUGCCUGACACUGAGGGCAGGGUCUAUGUCAUGUUCAUCAGGAUGGAGCAGGAAGCAGAUUUCACCACCUGGACUCAGCUUGCCAAGUGCCUCCACAUCUGGGACCUGGACGUCCGUGGGAACCACAAGGGGCUGUGGCGGCUCUUCCGCAAGAAGAACCACUUCCUUGUGGUGGGGGUCCCUGCCUCCCCCUACUCGUCCAAGAAGCCCUCAUCAGUGACACCGAUCUACAUGGAGCCCCCUGCCAAGGAGGAGGGGGCAGUGGCAGUGCCAGCGGUUGCUGCAGCAGAGCAGACAUGAGACUGGCAGGUGGGAAGCGAGGGGGACAGGGAGAAGGUGGAGACCUCCACAGUGCAGAGACAGAGUUGGCAGCAGCUCUCAGAAGCUGGUGACUGGACACGGACUCCCAUUUCAGACUGCAAAAUGAGACCUUGGGCUCCCUCUAGCCCCUUAUUGUGGUCUUCCUCUCCCUUGCACAGGACAGGGUCCUCCCCAUCCUAGGAACUUUCUUUUUUUAACACAGACUCUUUACUAACCCUACUCCUGUUGCCCCCUGGCUGGGCAAGGCUGGAGGAAGGAGAUGCCCAGUUGAGGGCUAGAGGGGGACUUGAGAAACACCUCUGCUUCCCUCUUUGGCCCCUGAGUCCUGUGAGGGCAGAAUGCCCGUGUGCAGGUGCUGCAGCCUACCAGCUGGGUGUUAUUUAUUAACUGUUGCCUGGCGGGGCUCUGUGUCCAGUGGUGAACAUGAUGGUGAAGAGGGGGUCUUCCAGCGUCUCUUCUAUCUCCGGCACAAUGGAUGCACCUUGAAGACUGCUGGGUUCCACAUCUCCCUGCACACCAGCUUCACUUCGUGGGCUGCAGUGACUGGUGCAGUCCCACUCAUAGGCAAAAGGGAAUGCUGAAGACGAGUUGAACUUGCUGUGGGACAUGUAGGGGACACCCUAUAACCCAGCACGAGGGUGGUCAGGUGCCCCUUUCCUUUCCCUGCAGUUCUGGGAGUUGGAUAUGACUGCAGAUGCAAGUGGACCAGGCUGUGUGCUGCGGCUCAGGCUGUUCUCACCCACCUUCUCUGUGGGGAGCAGCCCUGCCCCCCACAUCAUGGGAGAGGGGGUGAAAGUGCCUUGCAGAGCGAGAUGGGAGCUUCCCCCCGAGGUGUAGGGGCAGGAUGGACCUUUGGGUCCUUUGGAGUGAGAGAUACCAUGCUCUGGUGUGGUCCUUGCCUGUGGUACUACACCCUGCCUCUCCCUCCUCCCUGGCCAAGUACCCCCAGCUCUUGCUGAAGGCAGAGGGGAUUUGUUCUUCUGAAUCCCCACCCUUACUGUGGUACGUUGCUAGCAGGAAAGCUGUGAGCUGAACCAGGAUGGGCAGCCUGGCUCUCCUGCUAUGGUACACCUCUCAUCCAGAGGGAGAGGGAGGGGGUCCCUAUUCCCCCUCCUGUGCCUUAGGAAGGACCCCAGGGCCCCCUCCCACCCCCAGCCACUCGGUACUAAUGUCCCACACACACUGGGGGCAGUCCUGGUCCCCUCGCUCAGUGCACCUCUCUGUCUAAUCCAUGCAGCACAAGACCCAUUCUCUGCCCAGGUCCCCCAGCUUUGAGCAGGGAUGCUGUGCUCUGGCUUGCCCUUGGGAGGAGAAUUUGCUGCUCAGCCCUUUCCCUGGUCAUAUGGGUUCUUCCCCUUCAUUUUCUCACUGUGAACUGAGCGUCGGGGUCUACACUACACUAACUUAUUUAUUUAUUGCUUGUGGGAAGGGGAGGAUAACAGGAAAGCAGGGUGGAGAGCUGGCAGCCCCCAGCCUGUGUGGGGGCAGUCAGGAGAGGUUUGUCUCUUGUCCUCCUGGCUCCAUCUUCUGUUCCCCUCCUUCCUCCCUUGCCCAGCAUAGGAAUGAAUAGUUGUGAACCUGGGAAAUCUGCCUCUCUUUGGCCAAAAUGAGCCCUGUGUGGACACAGCGCAGCUCUAGCAUGACCACAGGGACUCUGACCCUCGUCCAUUGCAUGCCUGUUCCAGCAGCAGGGACAGAACGGAUACAGGAGGGAAAGAAGAGGGUGCAGGGUGGCUUGAGACUACAGUACUGGGCUAGGGUUCAACCAUGUCCUCCUCUGCUACCCACAGUGCUGCCAUUUGCUGGGACACUGCUCUGGCAGCCAGUGGGCAGGCAGCUUCUCUGCACUGGUCCUCAGGCGUAAAGCAGGUCCUUUCGGUGCCAUAGGAAAGGGACUUGGCUUUUUUUCCUGGGAAAGCAGCUCUCUCCCCAUACCCUGCUUUGGAAAAACUUCCACGACUCUCCACUGUGAUGCCCUUUCAUUGGCAUCUCUAUUCCCAAGGCCCCCCCUUUCCCUUCUCCCUGAAACUAAAUGCACCCACUUUCCCUUCUCUGGCAGGGCUCAGGCUUGGCUUCCUAGCUCCUCCUGGGGCUGGGGAAGAUGGUCCUAGGGCUAGGGAAUGGCUAAAGGCAGGUUCCCCUCUCUGCUGCCCACCCUGCACCAACCAAGGGGCUGUGGCUCCCUGCUCACAGUGGCAGCAGGAUGUGAGUGGUGGGCUUCAGCUCCCUCCUCUCCCCACACAAGGGGCCUGCUGGAUGCAGUUCUCCAUUCCUUCAGCAAGGCUACAGUGUCGUGGCCAUGGUAGGGCUGGGUGCGUGGGCAUCUGCAGGGCUCGCUGCUUUCUGAAUUGGAUUAUUUUUUCAAGAGUAAACAUUGCAAAGCUGUUA